AUGCAUCGGAAAUCAAUUGAGGCGCAAUCAACGCUCAAGGACGACUCCGGCGUCAGCGAUCAUGAGGAUUCGGCUGGCUCCAAGUCCGUUCACUCGGAUGAAUUGCGCUCGCAUUCGCGCGCGCUCAGCUCGUCGACGGAGUCCCUGAACGUGUUGCUCCAACAGCAGCCGCCGCCGCCGCCCGCCCAGCUUUAUGCCGUUGCCACGCCCAGCUACCAUCCGCUGCUGGAUGCGGCAAAUGCAGCAGGCGCUGGCGCCGCUGCCUCCAGCAAGGACUUCCACUUGAUAAUGAACACAGCCGUGGCAGCAGCUGCAGCAGCAGCCCAACACCAGCAACAGCAGCAGCAACAGCAACAUCAACAGCAGCAGCAGCAACAACAACAACAACAGCAGCAGCAGCAGCAACUGCAUGCGCAUCAUUUGUCGGCAGCAGCAGCUGCUGCAGCGCUCAUGGAGCACGAUCCGGAUGCGUUUAGAAACAAUUCGAUUGCCUGUCUGCGCGCCAAGGCGCAGGAGCAUCAGGCGCGGCUGCUCAACAACGGCGGACUCUUUCUGCAGGUGCGCAGCUUUGCCCAGGCUCAGGCGCAGGCGCAGUGUGAUAUGCUCAAGGAGCGCAGCAAUAGCAGCAGCAGCAACAACAACAACAACAACAGCAGCAGCAGCAGCGCCUAUCAAAUGCUGCAGCUGCAGCAAUCGGUGGCAACGGCUGUGGCGCCCAUCAAAAUGGAGCUAACGUCAGUGGGCGGCGGUGGCAGCCACGCCCACAGCGAUAACGUCUGACAUGCAGCAGCGACAGCAGCGUUGCCAGAUCACUUUCAACGGCACUUUUAGCUCCA